UGAUGGCGGCUUUGUAGGGAUUGUUUUGAGUUGGGGAUAUAUUACAAAAUUUUACUGUGGCACUUGGAUAAUACACAUAUGGAGGUUUUUCAAUUGGACCCUGUCAGGUUGAAAGAAUUAAGCCACAGACGAAUGAAUGCCCUGAGAAAAAAAUUGUUUGAAAGGAAUGCAUUAACUUUGCAGGUGCCAAACGCUAUUACUACAAGAGUAGCAGACGAAGAGGUGAGGACUAAAUCAUUUUUAAUUUUAGUGUAACCAGAUUGGGACUUGAAUGACGGUGUUGUUCGAAUGCAUACUCGAUGGAUUCUGUAGCACCAUAACUGGAAAGAAAACACGCUAUAAGAUAAAUGAGAUAGAACAUUUUUUCCCCCUCUCUAAAACACUGCCUUGUCUCACGUCAGCACCUGACUACACUGCUCGCUUUUGUGGUAUAUCCUUUUUUUCGUGUUUGUUUAUUAGUAUUGUUAGUAAUUUGUUAUUUAUCGGAAACAUGUGGUAUCAUCUCUUUGCUUGUUAGGAAUUGUGUUUGUUUUGUUUCCAAGAAUGAAGUCGACAUGCACCACAGAAAAUAAUUUACAUUGUUUAUAAACUAAUUAUGAUGACUGCCAUUGCCACCUGACUGCACAAAACGGAGCAACACAAAGAAAUGCGUGAUAAAUAAAAAAGUGAAAAAAUUGUUUUUUCAUUCAUGUCAUUCAGUUCAUAUUUUGACAGCAUUAAUUUCUAUGAUAUUCGUGACGCUGAAUUUUGGAGUUACAGUAUCUCGGUGCCUUAGUUUCCAUAUGCCAGUCUGAAUGGAUGUCAUUUUGCAAACAUCAAGGACUGAAGUAAAUGCGAAGUUUUGUUUACCUUCUGAUUCACUGUGAUAUGGUCAUUUGAGGCUGGUAGUGGUAUUUUGGAUACACAACUCAGCCCCCUAUGGUAAGGCUACAGCCCAGAGAUGUCUCACUCGCAGGCCGGUUUCCAAAACGGUGAAAGACGGCUGAGCAGCAAUAAUGACAGUCCUUGGAAUGGGUCCCCCACCUACAGCCCUCUGGCUCACUCUGCUUCUGCCUGCUCGAAUCCGUUGUGGACUGCGGUGUUUGAUUACGAAGCAAGCGGGGAGGAUGAACUUAGUCUGCGGCAGGGGGAUGUGGUCGAGGUGCUUUCAAAGGACGCUUCCAUCUCUGGUGAUGAAGGCUGGUGGACUGGCAAAAUCAACCAUCGGGUCGGGAUAUUCCCCUCCAAUUAUGUUUCCUACAAAACUGCAAAGUACCAUAGAGUGCAGCCCUCUAGCAGUGUUGUGGGAGUGGAGCAUGGUGGCAGGAGCUCCCCGGUAGAGAUCAGUUUUAGCGAGCUAACUCUGGAAGAGAUCAUUGGGGUCGGAGGGUUUGGCAAAGUGUACAGGGGAACGUGGAUUGAGCAGGAGGUAGCCGUAAAGGCAGCAAGAUAUGACCCCGACGAGGACAUCACUGCCACAGCGGCGAGCGUGAAACAGGAGGCAAAGCUGUUUUCAAUGCUGCAACAUCCCAAUAUCAUUCAACUCGAAGGGGUUUGUCUUCAGGAACCCAAUCUGUGCCUUGUAAUGGAAUACGCCCGAGGAGGGACCUUAAAUCGGGCAUUGGCUGGGCGUAGAAUUCCACCCCAUAUCCUUGUUAACUGGGCUGUGCAGAUAGCCAGGGGCAUGCACUACCUGCAUGAAGAGUCCGUUGUGCCUAUCAUUCACCGGGACCUCAAAUCCAGCAAUAUACUGUUAAUUGAAAAAAUCGAAAAUAACGACAUAGGCAAGAAGACCUUGAAGAUCACAGACUUUGGCUUGGCCAGAGAAUGGCACAACACAACCAAGAUGAGUGCUGCUGGAACAUACUCUUGGAUGGCUCCAGAAGUGAUCAAGUCUUCGCUGUUUUCUAAAGGCAGUGACAUCUGGAGUUAUGGAGUGUUGCUAUGGGAGCUACUGACAGGAGAGGUGCCUUAUCGUGGAAUUGAUGGUCUUGCUGUUGCCUAUGGAGUGGCCGUCAACAAAUUAACCCUUCCCAUUCCAUCCACUUGCCCAGAACAGUUUUCCAAACUCAUGGAAGAAUGCUGGGAGCAGGACCCCCACAUCCGGCCAUCUUUCACUGCCAUUCUGGAGCAGCUCGCUGCCAUCGAGGAAGAAGUCAUGGCAACAAUGCCUCAAGAAUCAUUCCACUCCAUGCAGGAUGACUGGAAGGUGGAGAUAAAGGAAAUGUUUGAUGAGCUCAGGACAAAGGAGAAGGAGCUGCUGUCGCGGGAAGAGGAGCUCACUAGGGCGGCCCUUCAGCAGAAGUCUCACGAGGAGCUCUUGAAGCGGAGGGAGCAGCAGCUAGCGGAGAGGGAGAUCGAUGUUCUGGAGCGGGAGCUCAACAUCCUUAUCUUCCAGCUCAACAAGGACAAGCCCAACGUCAAGAAGAGGAAGGGCAAGUUCAAGCGCAGCCGCUUAAAGCUGAAGGAUGGUAACCGGAUCAGCCUACCUUCGGAUUUUCAGCACAAAAUCACUGUUCAGGCUUCCCCCACGAUGGACAAGAGAAGAAGUUUAAACAGCAAUAGUUCUAGCCCGCCAAGCAGCCCCACACUCAUUCCACGUCUCAGAGCGAUACAGUUAACUUUGGAUGAAAGCAAUAGAACAUGGGGAAGGAGUACAAUUUACAAACCGGAAGAAUUUGAAGAUGUCCAAAAAGGCUUUAAAAAGAAGGGGCGUACAUGGGGCCCAAGCUCUGUUCAAACAAAGGACCGGGCCAAUAGUGCAGAAAGGAUAAGACCACUUUCAGAUGGCAGCAACCCCUGGUCCACCAGUUUGAUGAAAACCCAGAAGUCUGUUCCUUUAGCUGCAUUGUUUGUUGAUCAGGGGACAUCUCUAGAAGAGAUUUGUUCAUCUGAAAGUGUUGAUAACAGCCGACCAAAACAACUGAAGUUUCCUAAUCAGGUGUAUAUCGAUCUACCUCUUUGGAAAGACGAACAGGGGGAGGGCACGGGAGGGAGCGAAGGCUUGGAAGAAGCAACUCCUUCCAGCUCAGCAAGCAGCACACCUCAAGUCACUCCAACCAACAGUUUGAAACGAGUGACGCUGAGAAAGAAAACGGACAGUGUGCUGUACGGGUGCGCCAUGCUCCUCGCUUCAGUUGGCUUGGGAUUCGAUAUCCGCGACGUGAACAGUAGGCCCCAGUCCAUGGAAGAGCCCGUGGUCAAGGAAGAAAAGAAAAAGAGGGAGGGGAUAUUCCAGAGAGCCACUCGGUUCCGUCGGAGCACAAGUCCUCCCAAAAGAAUGAGUUUGAAAAAAGAUGACGGCAACAUUCCUUCGCUGGGCCAUCCCUCUGGUUCAGAUCACAUUUCCAUGUCUUCCAUUUCUGAAUGCAACUUCACAAAAUGUUUGAUUCAGGAUAAUUCAGAAGAAGCAAGCACAUACAGCUGCUAUUUGAAGGCAGGGUCGUCAAAUGAAAAUGGCAACAGUGAACACAAGUACAAGGAGUCCUGUGCACCCAAGGUUUUGAACAAUGGGGCCUUCAGUAGCAUGUCAAAAUGGGAUUCUGACCUGCAGUCAUGUGGCUCUGAGAACAACAGUGUUUUGCAACACAAGCAAACCAUGUUGGUGGGAGAUGCAGUUCAGAAUUACACUAAUGGCACAUCCACCUCGCAAAUUGAUCCAACAGUAUUGCCCCAGACUCCCAAUCCUGAAGCAGCAUAUCCAGCCUCUGUGCUGAGAAGAACCCACGACCAAGACGUAUCCCCCGAAAGGCACCUCUCUGGAGACUAUGCCUCUAGGCCUCGGCCUCUGUCCCUUAAAAGUAAAGCCCACCCCUGGCAUCUCAUGCAAGGCCGAAACAAGAGCUCAUCCGCAGGACCUUUCUCGGGAGAGAAAACAGCACAAAAUCUAAACUAUUUGCUUGCAGCUGAAGCAAAGGCUGGCUGUCACGUUGCCCCUGCUGCCUGCUCUUUACUGGAUAUUGAUAUGGAAGGACAGAAAGGGGACUGCACUGUACCCCUUUGUAGAAUUCAGAGCAAACCUGCCAGAUCUACUGUAUAUGAACUGGAAAAGGAGUCCUUGUCUUAGCAAUUUCUGUUUAAACAAACAUGUUUGUUCUAGCACAUCAACGUUUUCGUAAUGAAGUAAUGAAGACGUUCUGCUACUAAACUAGAACCUUUGUGUCACCAGGCAGCAGGUUGCCAUUUAAUCCACUUGGGCUGAGGCUGCUUUCAGUUCUUACAGGUACUUCAUAAAGGUUAUUUAUCUCUAUACAUUCUGAUAGGGUUAAAUUGUAGGUUGUUGGAGUGUUAUUUGCUGAAUUUGUAUGGUUUUUUAUUUGUUUUUUUUUGUUUUUUUUUUUACAAAGAGCAACAUAUUCCAGUGUAAACUGGUCAAUGUUAAUAUUCAAGCCAACAAGGAUUCCUUCUGCAGUGUGGUUUAGUAGUUCAACUAAGGUUUUAACACUGUUCUCCUGUUGAAACUCUUUUGGUGCUAGAAUUUGUUACACCACUUUAGAAUAUGCAGAUUUUUAAAAAGCCAGGCUAUUUAUGAGAAGUUGAUGCUGCUUUCUGGUACCUAAUCACUUCAUGUGUUGUCGUUCAGACUGUGUGUCCAACAGCAAAGGCACCAGGAUUCAGUUGUGUUGUUUUUUGAAAUUGCUGAACUGAAUUGUCCUAAUUGAUUCUAAAGCAUUGGUAAUGUACAGUAAUUCUGCAUGUAGAAAUGUUCUUAAAUUUAGAGAAUUAUCCAUAAUUGAAUGUAUUGGUGAUUUUUUUUGUCAUCCAAUGGUUGCGUUUGUGAAUCGGAUCUAUUGUUAAAAAUGCCACUAUUGCUUUUUACAGUGUUCAUUGUUGUCAGGGCAUAUUGUAUCCCUGAUAUAAUAUUAAAUAUAAAGGUAUCCCUGGCAUUUGGAUUAGAAACCAUUUCUAUUAUAAUAUUUAGGUGGAUGAUUUAUAUGCAAGGUGUUCUCAUUGCAUAAAACGUGUUGAAUCGAUAACUCCUAUAAAUAAGGGGAGAAAUUACCUUCUGUUGUAAGGUGGACAUACAAAAUCUAUUCUGGAAUGUUACAUUUAAAAGUAAAGGCAAUCUGGCAUUUCAACUUAGGUAAGCUUAAUUUUACUUGCGGUUGUUGAUUUUACAUAAUAAUUUUUGCCAUUUCAUGAAUAUGUAACACUUGUUGGAGUCAUCAAUAUAAUAUCAGACUACUGGCAAGACUUUUUGCUCAUUAGUUAUAUAUAUGCUUUAGUGAGUUACAGGAAAAUAAUUCCAUUUAGGGUUUCUGUGAUGCCGUAAAUUACGAGACCAAAGACCCGAGAUGGAAUUGUUUUCCUGUAACUCAUUUAAGAGGCCCAUCUGUU